UUAUAUUAAUAUUUGUACUAAAAAUGUUGAAUUAAUAUUAAUACAUUUUCUUUUUAAUUUUUUUAAGGUUUAUAAUGAUUGGUCACUUUGAUUCUAUUUAGGUCAAUCAUAAAUUAUUCGUUCGAAGGUUUCAAUAUGACGAUACAAUUUAAAGAAUUACCGUGAGAAAAUGAAUCAGAUUUAUGAUAUAAUACGUCCAACUUAUUAUUCAUGAGUUACUUUAUGAAGUCAGGUGAAUUAUUCUUACUUGAAAUAUAUUUUGAUCCAUACUCAUAUUUCUUUAUUAUUAUAAGGUUUAACUCGGUUAAAAACGAAUUUGACGUUAUUCUUUGAAUACUUUACACAACACAAGUAUUUUUAAAUAAUAAUGGAACGCAAAUAUGGAAGUGAACAACAAUACUGUACAGAAACAUAUUUGAAUAAAAAUAUUUCAAAAGAUAAUUUAGAAUUCUGGAUGACACAACUUCCGGAACCAUUAAAAAAUAUACCUAUAAUAUAUCUCGCCAUACCCGGUUCUCACAAUACGAUGACUUAUUCUAUAGAUCGACGUAACGAUGUAGGUCCGGAUGAGCCUGCAUAUAUAAGAGCAUUGGGUCGUUAUUGUUCGAUUUUGUCAAAGCCUAUUAUUUUUAAUUGGUCUGUUACACAAAAAGAUAGUGUAAAAGAACAAUUAAAUGGCGGUAUAAGAUAUUUGGAUUUACGCGUAGCUACGAAAACAAGGGACAACAAUAUUUAUUUUCUUCAUGGUUUGUACGGAUCAGAAGUGAUUAAGCCAUUAGAGGAGGUUGUAAAUUGGUUGAAUGAUCAUACGAAUGAAAUUAUCAUUAUUGAUUUUCAACAUUUUUAUCGUUUUACGGAAAUGGAUCAUAGUCGUCUGAUUGCGAUAAUAAAUGAUAUUUUUCGUGGCAAAUUAUGUCCAACUUUAGCAUAUUUCGAUCACGUGUCUUUAAAUUGGCUUACUUCGAGAAAGUAUCAAGUUAUUGUCAUUUAUAGAAAUGUUUGCGCGGUGAAUCAUCCGUAUUUAUGGCCAAGUGUUUUCUGGCCGACACCUUGGCCAGAUACAGUGCGUGUAGAUCAACUAGUUAAUUUUUUAAAUGAUAAACUUAAAAAACGUUCUACCAAGAUCGGUUUAAUAUCGCAAUGUCUCUUAACUCCUAAUAUAUCCUACGUUAUGAAACACCUUUGUGGAAAUUUACAUUCAAAUUUGACGCCAACAUGCCAAAAGGCGACUCUCUAUUGGAUAAGUCUACAAAAAUCUGGGCCUAAAGGAAUAAACAUUGUUAUAACUGAUUUCAUAUCUGAACAAAAUUUUUUAUUCCCAAAGACAGUUGUUCAAACUAAUCUUAAACUUUUAAAAGAUUCAUAUAGUUUGUAAUUACUCGUA